AGAUAGAUAGAGAUAGAGAGAGAGAGAGAGAGAGAUACAUAUAUCAAAGUACCUGUUCAACUGGCGAACUCGAACUCGAAUUCAAACUCGAAACGUAGUUUGUACAAUUUAUUGCGUGACGCACAUGUUGUUGUAAAUUGUAAUGUAAUGAGAUACGACGUCCAGGAGCUGCUACUUCAUCAGUCUGCUGAGGAUCCAUUCGCCAGGUUCGCAAAUGGGAUGGCAUAUCAUCCAUUUCUGCAGCUCUCGCAAAGACCCACUGACUUCAGCGUCUCGUCGCUGUUGACGGCGGGUAGCAACAGCAACAGCAACAGCAACAACAACACCAACAACAACAACAGCAACAACAACAACAGCAACAACAGCAACAACAACAGCAGCAACAACAACGCAGCUCAAGCUCUCAGUUCGCCAGGCUCGGGCGGUGCUGCAAAUUUUCGCGGCUCGCCCUCGCAGCUCUCCCCGCUCAGUAAUCACAGCAACAACAACAACAACAACAACAACAGCAACAAUAAGAACAACAAUCACUUGAACAGCAGCGAAUCAGCAUUGAGCGGCAGCCAGGCCAAUACGCCAACGGCGACGCCGCCGCCGCCGCUGCCGCCCGUUGGAGUUGCUGCCGCUGGGCCGCUGCCGUCUCUACCCGCGCACCACUCACCCAGCGUUGCACCGCCGCCGCCGCCACCGCCACAGCAGCAACCACCUGCAGCUGGACUGCCACAGCAUCCAGUGCAUCCAACGCAUCCGCCGCCGCUGCCUCAACAGCAACAACAACAACAACAGCAGCAGCAGCAGCAGCAGCAUUUGGGAACGCAGCAGCAGCAGCCGCCGCCGCCGCCAUAUUUUCCGGCUGCAGCGCUUGCCGCACUGGCCGGCAGUCCGGCGGGGCCGCAUCAUCCGGGGCUGUAUAGCGCCGCCGGCGGUUUGCGCUUCCCACCGCAUCCAGCGCAUCCGCACGCCCACCAUCCGCUGGGCACCGCCUACACCACCGCCGAGGACGUGGUGCUCGCCUCGGCCGUCGCCCAUCAGCUGCAUCCGGCGAUGCGACCGCUGCGCGCCCUGCAGCCCGAGGACGAUGGCGUCGUCGACGAUCCCAAGGUCACGCUCGAGGGCAAGGAUCUAUGGGAGAAGUUCCACAAGCUCGGCACCGAAAUGGUCAUCACCAAGAGCGGCAGACAAAUGUUUCCGCAAAUGAAAUUUCGUGUUUCGGGUCUGGAUGCCAAGGCUAAAUACAUAUUGCUACUGGAUAUCGUUGCGGCGGAUGAUUAUCGUUAUAAAUUUCACAAUAGUCGCUGGAUGGUCGCUGGCAAAGCGGAUCCCGAAAUGCCAAAACGCAUGUACAUCCAUCCAGAUUCGCCCACAACGGGUGAGCAAUGGAUGCAAAAAGUUGUUUCAUUUCACAAAUUAAAAUUGACCAACAAUAUUAGUGAUAAACAUGGAUUUGUAAGUACUACAAUACUGAACUCAAUGCAUAAAUAUCAGCCGCGCUUUCAUUUGGUGCGAGCCAACGAUAUCUUGAAGCUACCAUAUUCCACGUUUCGCACGUACGUGUUCAAGGAGACGGAGUUCAUAGCCGUGACUGCAUAUCAAAAUGAGAAGAUAACUCAGCUGAAAAUCGACAACAAUCCCUUUGCGAAGGGCUUUCGUGAUACUGGUGCUGGCAAACGGGAAAAGAAUUGUUACAGGCAGGCGCUGAUGUCCAACCGAGGGUCCGACUCGGACAAAUUGAAUCCCACGCACGUGAGCAGCUCCCGGGCGCCGCUCCAUCUGGGCCAUGCCGGACGGCCGCCACAUCUGCAUCCGGCGCAUGCGGCCGCGCUGCUGGACAAUCAGCAGGACGACGACGACAAGCUGCUCGAUGUGGUGGGCCCGCCCCAGAGUCCGCUGCUCCCGCUGAGCCACUCGCUGCAGCAGAUGCACGCGCACCAGCAUUCGGCAGCUUUGGCCGCCUGGUUCAAUCACUUGGCUGGCGCUGGCGCCGGCGAGCAUGCGGCCGCGGCGAACGCGGAGGAUGCACUGCGCCGCCGCCUGCAGGCGGACGAUGUGGAGCGCGAUGGCAGCGAUUCGAGCUGCUCGGAGAGCGUCGGCGGCAGCACCGGCGGUGCCUUUCGCCCCACCUCGACGGGCAGUCCCAAGGAGGGCGUGGGCGGCGGCGGUGCGGCUGCUGCGGCCGCAGCGGCAGCGGCCGGACUCAAUGCGGCCGGCAGCUAUCCGUCGCCGAAUAUCUCAGUGGGCCCGCCCAUACACCCGUCGCCGCAUCUGUUGCCUUACCUCUAUCCGCACGGCCUCUAUCCGCCGCCGCACCUGGGACUGCUGCACAAUCCGGCGGCGGCCGCUGCCAUGAAUCCGGCCGGACUCAAUCCGGGCCUGCUGUUCAACGCGCAGCUCGCGCUGGCCGCCCAGCAUCCGGCGCUGUUCGGCCACGCCUACGCGGCGGCUGGCCACACGCCCGUCUCGCCGCUGCAGGGCCUGAAGAGUCAUCGCUUCUCGCCGUACAGCCUGCCGGGCAGCUUGGGCUCCGCCUUCGAUGCGGUCACGCCCGGCUCGAAUGCGAAUCGCAGCGGUGGCAAUGGCAGCGCCGACGCAGCUGCGCCGCCCAAUCUUCUACCCUCCGCAGGAGGCGGGGGCGGCAGUGGCGGUGGCGGUGGCGCCGGUGGCGGCCUGGGCCUGGACAACGGACCACGCAGCUUGAGCUCCAGCCCGAGACCGCGCGCCUCUUCGCACUCGCCGCCCACGCGGCCCAUAUCAAUGUCGCCGACGACGCCGCCGUCGCUGCUGAAGCGACAGUCGCAGCACUCGCCGUCGGAGCUGAAGAGCAUGGAGAAGAUGGUGAACGGGCUGGAGGUGCAGCACAAUGGCAGCGCAGCAGCAGCGGCGGCGGCAGCGGCAGCGGCGGCAGCAGCAGCAGCGGCCGCCUCGCUGCUGUCGGAGGAGUCGUCGCAGCUGCAGCAUCACACGCAGGCGCAUCACACACAUCCGCACACACAUCCGCACGGACAUCCGCACGGGCUGACGCACGCGACGCACCAUGCGUCGGCUGGGACGGAUCAGUGACAAUUACAGGACGGCCGCUCCGACUGCGAGGAGGGCGGCCCCCACGAGCUGGACGACGACGAGGACGACGACCACGAUCGCAGCUCGGUGAUCGAUCUGGAUGUCGAUGUCUGACCGCAUCCGGUGCAGCUGCAGCAGCUUUAGCGUGCAAUGCCGUUGACCAGCUGCUGUCGGGCAGUCGAAGCGGUUCCAGUUCCGGCUCCAGUUCCGGUUCCGG